GUGCCUGAUUCGUGACUGGCUGCAGCAGCAGCAGCAGCAGCAUCUCCUUUCUCUUGGUCCUCACCUCGCCCCACCCAAGGGUCCACCAGGCCAUGGAUGCGGUGACUGUGUAUCAUGGCAAAAUCAGCCGGCAGACGGGGGAGAAGCUCCUGCUCGAGGCCGGUCUGGACGGCAGCUAUUUGCUGAGGGACAGCGAGAGUGUCCCAGGCGCCUACUGCCUGUGUGUGCUGUAUCAAGGUUACAUUUAUACAUACCGAGUGUCCCAGACAGAAACAGGUUCUUGGAGUGCUGAGACAGCACCUGGGGUUCAUAAAAGAUUUUUCCGGAAAAUAAAAAAUCUCAUUUCAGCGUUCCAGAAGCCAGAUCAAGGUAUUAUAAUACCUCUGCAGUAUCCAGUUGAGAAGUCCUCAGCUAGAAGUACGCAGGGUACCACAGGGAGAAGAGAUCCUGAUGUCUUCCUGAAAGCCCCAUGAAGAAAAAGAAAAGGCCUUGUACUUUGUUUUCAAUAAUUUAAAUAUAUGCUAAGUCUUAUAUAUUGUAGAUAAUACAGUUCAGCGUGCUACAAAUGCAUUUCUAAAGCCAUUAUAGUCCUGUAAUGGAAGCAUCUAACAUGAUGUUAAAGCCGAAAUGGACUCUGCAGAUAACGAGGAGCUUUGAAAUGGGGAUUGGGAAAAAGUAAUUCCACUGGUUAUUUUCAGUUAUUGUAUUUACGUAUGAGUGGGAAACAAUUUAAAGCGUAAUGAUAGAUACUUUAUAAAAGAUUAAUGUUAAUUCUUGCCAAAUGUAAAUAAAAACAAUCCUCCGUUUUU